AUGGAACCUGUUCAUCAUAUAUCUACUUCGUCGAAGAUUCUUUUCAGCAAGGUGCGCAAGAUCGUGCCGCCGAUGCUAGAGAAGUUCCACAAAGGGCAACUUGGGCGUGUGGCGGUCAUUGGAGGCUGUGUUGACUAUACCGGGGCUCCGUACUUCUCAGCUAUUGCCUCUGCAAAGCUAGCUGACUCGUAUUUAGGAUGUGAUAUGAGCCAUGUUCUGUGUGAACGCUCGGCGGCACCGGUUGUCAAGAGUUACUCUCCCAACCUUAUGGUGCAUCCGAUAUUGCCCAGCUCGGAUACAGUCAAGGACCCCAAGUCGAUUGAUGCUCCGGCUUUAGCAGGUCCUAUUAUCAGCAUGCUCUCUCGUCUGAAUGCUCUGGUCAUAGGACCGGGACUUGGUCGCGAUGGAGUCACGCUCCAAGUGGUUGCAGAAGUAAUCAAGGAGGCCCGAUCACGAUCGAUCCCAUUCGUGCUAGAUGCGGACGGGCUGAUCGUUGUGACGGAGGACCCCAAUAUCAUUAAGGGGUACAAGGACUGUAUUUUGACGCCCAACGUGGUCGAAUUCGGUCGCUUGGCAAAGGCCUUAGGGAUAAAGGUGGCCAGCCAGGCAGAUAUCUCAAAGAACGAGAAUAGCGAUAACUCCAACCAGGAGACAGAUGCCUGUGAGGAGCUCUCUAAAGCUUUGGGUGGAGUGACAAUCAUCCAAAAAGGACCCCACGAUGUCAUCUCCAACGGGGUCACAAGCAUUAUUUCCAAUCUUGAAGGAGCGGCGGACAGGGGGGACACCCUGACGGGAUCGUUGGGUACUAUGCUUGCCUGGCGAGCGGCUUACCACAAUAAGCUGUGGGACUCAGGAGAGAAGGACAAUGAAAAGGAGGCGCAGAGUAAAGAAGAUGUCCAGGCUGAGCUGGAAUCCGAGGACAAGCGUAUGUCCCCGACAACUACUUUACUUCUGGCUGCUUGGGCAGGAAGUAGUAUCACCCGCGAAUGUUCACGGAAAGCCUUCGAGCUCAAAGGGCGAAGCAUGCAAGCCAGUGACCUAACCGACGAGGUACAUGGCAGCUUCUUGAGGCUGAUUGGAGAACCCGAUGGCUCCAAGACGCAUCUCUAG